GGAAUCACAAAUAUGAAGCGAUUGGUUGUGCACUAUAAUCUAAUGAUUGUUUAUACACAUAUUCGUGCUAGUAGAGCACCCAAAAUGGAGUUGAGUGGAUGUGAUUGCUCCGUGAAAGGGCCUUUCUGCCAUUUGGAAUCCAUUAUCGAUUUCAUGCACUUUUUACCAACUUCAAAUCAUGAUUUUUGGCACUAAAGAAACCUUACAAAUUCCCCAAUUCUAUAGACUUAUUCAUCCAUUGUUCUUCUAACCAGAUUCAUAUAACAAACCUUCUUUCUUGCACCCGUUUUGGUUCGUAUUCGCAAAGGUCACAACAAGAAAGCUUAAUUUUUUUCUUGCACUUUUAACCAACUCAAAUCACGAUUCUUUAGUCUAAAGAAAACCCUAAAUUUCCCAUUUUUUAUAUUCAUUCGCAAGUUGUUCUUGCAAACAAUUUCAUCCCAAAAGAAAGCGGUUUUUUGUACUGGUUAAAUUUCAUUUUCUUGAAGUGAAAAGUCAGAAUAUUGAUUAUAUUCUCAGUUUCUAGUUGCGAAUUUGAAGUGGGGUUUUCUUGGUUUCAAAAUGAUGAUUCUUGGUGAAAAUGUGAAUACCCUUAAAGUUAUUGAUUCCUCUUUAAGGUUGAUUGUGGUUCCUCUAAGUCUUGGUUCUACGUGGUUGACUUUGACCAAUCAUCAAAAUAACGAAAUGUAUGGCAAUAUAGAGUUCAGUAAUCUCAAGGGUCUGAAAUUCUUGGUUAGUAUUAGUGCAAUUUCUGCUGGGUAUGCUCUGGUUGCUGUUAUUUCUUCAUGGGUUAAGAACUUGAUGAACAAAGCUUGGAUAUUUUUUGUUUGCGAUCAGGUGGUGGCAUAUUUGAUGGUUGCAAGCGGUGGUAGCUUUGGGGAGAUAGUGUAUUUGGCCUACAAUGGCAACCCAAAGGGUUUUUACAAGAUAUGA